AGCAGAAUUUAGGGUUCCUCUUUGUCAUCUUCGGCAGUCAGCAUCCAAAGGAAAAAAAUUCAGGGAGCUUCAAGAAUCUAGCACCAUGGGUCGUAUGCACAGUCGAGGAAAGGGUAUUUCAGCUUCUGCGUUGCCGUACAAGAGAACGCCUCCGAGCUGGGUCAAGAUUACCUCUCAGGAUGUUGCUGAAUCAAUCUGCAAAUUUGCCAAAAAGGGAUUGACCCCUUCACAGAUUGGUGUUAUUCUCCGUGACUCUCACGGAAUUCCUCAGGUCAAGAGUGUUACAGGAAACAAGAUCUUGAGGGUACUCAAAGCCCAUGGCCUUGCUCCGGAGAUCCCUGAGGAUCUUUACCACCUUAUUAAGAAGGCUGUGGCCAUCCGUAAGCAUCUAGAGAGGAACAGGAAGGACAAGGAUUCCAAGUUUAGGCUCAUCUUGGUCGAGAGCAGGAUUCACCGCCUCGCUCGCUAUUACAAGAAGACAAAGAAGCUCCCUCCCGUCUGGAAGUACGAAUCCACAACCGCGAGCACCCUUGUGGCUUAAGCCGGAGUAGGAUCAGCUUUUGGGAGGAGGAAGACUCUACAAGUCUGUUGCUUCCCUUUUGUUUUGAUGAUUAUCUGAACUUUACUCUCUUUUGUGUCAAGAUUUGACAUUUGCUGGCCUCCUCCUUUUGAAUCUUUUAAUGCUCCUUAAUUUUAAGAGUAUUAUGAAAUCACCCCACUGAAUCCUUGUGCA